GGCUGCGCGGAAUCUGUUUCCCGGAAGUAGCGGCGUUGUUUUGCUAGUUUAAUGUCACAAGUGGAAGCGAAGCCGCGUUUAACGAACUGACAACGCGACGCUUCACGAUGCUUCCUCCGAGCUGACGACCCGAGCUCUGCUGCGGGUCGGUCCCGGACCUUUCCAGAACAUUCGGCCGGUGUCCGGGUCCAGCUGGACGGCUAGCUAGCCCUGUUAGCUCGCCCUGUUAGCUAGCUAGCCCGUUAGCCGUCACCUGUCAACAAGUUGUGUUCAGGAUGGAUCCCGCGGAGCUGGAGCUCGACGCGGUGAAAUUCGCCAAAACAGCGAUCACCCACGACCAGAGCGGCAAAUACAACGAGGCCGUGUUCUACUACAAGGAGGCAGCCCAGGCCCUGAUAUAUGCCGGCAUGGCCGGGUCCAAACUGGAGGGACUCCAGGACAAAGUGAAUGAAUACCUGGACCGAGUCCAAGCCCUCCACAAUGCUGUCCAGGCACAGAAGAGCGACCCGCUGAAGUCCCGGCAGCAGGUGGACAUGGAGCGUGCCCACUUCCUGGUCACUCAGGCCUUUGAGGAAGACGAGAAGGGAAACGACGAUGAAGCCGUAGAACUGUACACUCAGGCUGUGGAGCUGUGCAUUAAGACGUCCAGCGAUACCUCGGACCAGGCGCUGCAGACCAAACUGAAGCAGCUGGCACGCCAAGCUUUAGACAGAGCUGAAGGUCUUAAAGAGUCCCAGUCCAAAUCCGCUUCAGCCCAGACUCCGGACAAGACGGGGCCCUUUGGAACCAAGAAUGUGAGUGGGGCCAGUUCUGGGGGACCAGUCCGCCAGUUCUUCCCCCUUGGACCAGACUUCUCCAUCCACGACCGACCUCAGCCGAUGCGGGCGGUCCAGUCCAGUGAGCCGCAGGGUCAGCGCUACACGUCUGAGGAGAUCGAGGUGCUCAGGAGCACAUCUAAAAUCAAUGGGAUAGCCUAUGUGCCCUUCAUGAGCGUGGACCUGAAGGAGCGGUUUGCAUUUCCUGUCCCUUUCUCGGACAAAUCAGGGAAACUGGCGCUGUCACCCAAACAAAAAGCCAUCUUCGCCCGCUGGGUGCGGCCGGACGAGAUCUGCAAUAACCCCAUGAUGAUCAUGUCUGUGUCCAGCUUCAGUAUCAAACAGACGGUCGUGUCUGACUGCUCCUUCGUGGCGUCGCUCGCCAUCAGCGCGGCCUACGAGAGGCGCUGGCGCAAGAAACUUAUCACCAGUAUCAUCUACCCUCAGAACAGGAAAGGGGAACCUGAGUAUAACCCCUGUGGGAAGUACAUGGUGAAGCUGCACAUCAACGGAGUUCCCAGGAAGGUGAUAAUAGACGACUUCCUGCCGGUGGACCGUAACGGAGAGCUGCUGUGCUCCUACUCCAGCAACAGGAACGAGCUCUGGGUGUCCCUGAUAGAAAAAGCCUACAUGAAGGUGAUGGGAGGCUACGACUUCCCGGGCUCCAACUCGAACAUCGACCUGCACGCGCUCACGGGCUGGAUCCCCGAACGCAUCGCUAUGCACUCGGACAAUCAGUCGUUCAGCAAGGACGACUCCUUCCGCAUGCUCUUCCAGAGGUUUCACAGGGGAGACGUCCUCGUCACCACGGCAACAGGGGUGAUGACAGAGGAAGAAGGGGAAAAAUGGGGUUUAGUCCCGACGCAUGCCUACGCUGUUCUGGACAUCAGGGAACACAAGGGGAUGCGUUUCCUGCAGCUGAAGAAUCCGUGGAGUCAUCUGCGGUGGAAGGGACGCUACAGUGAGCGGGACGAGAAGAACUGGACUCCUGACCUCCUCAAAUAUCUCAACUUCGACCCCAAGACAGCACAGAAGUUUGAUAAUGGGGUUUUCUGGAUCGCAUGGGAGGACCUUUGUCAGUACUAUGAUGUCAUCUACCUGAGCUGGAACCCGGCACUGUUCAAAGAUUCCUCCUGUAUUCACAGUAGCUGGGAUGGGAGGCAGGGCCCAGUGAAAGACGUCUACAGUCUGGCCAACAACCCCCAGUUCAAGCUGGAGGUCCAGUGUCCAGCAGGGGGCGCUGCAGUGUGGGUGCUGCUCACCAGACACAUCACUGACAAGGAUGAUUUUGCACAAAACAGGGAGUUUAUCACUCUGGUCGUUUACAAGACGGACGGGAAGAAGGUUUACUACCCAGCUGACCCCCCUCCUUUCAUCGAUGGCAUCCGUAUCAACAGCCCCCACUACCUGACCAAGAUCCGGCUGACGAGCGCCGGGACGCACACCUUCACACUGGUGGUCUCCCAGUAUGAGAAGCAGAACACCAUCAACUACACUUUACGGGCUUACGCUGGAUCCAAGUUCACCUUCUCCAAGAUCCCAUGUCCCUUCACUCACAACAAAAGGAUGAACGGCCAGUGGAAGGGGCUCAGUGCCGGAGGUUGUGGGAACUACAAGGACUCGUACAAACACAACCCGAUCUAUCAGAUCAACCUGGAGCGGUCGGGUCCGCUGCUCAUCGAGCUCCGAGGGUCCAGGCAGUACAGUGUUGGCUUUGAGAUGAUGACCGUGUCGACGGUUGGGGAUCCAGGUCCAGCAGCCGCCCAGAAGAGGAACAGUGGAGAUUACAGGUGUGGUUUCUGCUACAUGGAGGCGGAGCACGUCCCAGCUGGCAUCUACAACGUCAUCCCCACCACCUUCCUGCCCAAACAGGAGGGACCCUUCUUUUUGGACUUUGCCAGUACCUUGCCCGUCAAGGUCUCCCAGCUCCAAUGAAGACAGAGCUGGGAGCAGGAGGAAGAUACUCGUCAGGGCAUCAACACACACUCCUGGUGUUUCUGUUUGAAUGUGACGCGGUGUCGAGGCCUCCUUAAAACCCAAAGAGCCCAGAAUGUGACUGGUGGCCUGAACUAAACAGCGUCUCACACGUCCUGUCCCUGUCCUCUCCGGCUGACGGACAGAUUGUGACACAACUUCAACCCUGACUUGAUGCCACAGUGUUAUGUCGAAUAAAUCAAUUCUUAAUAUGGAGACAUCAAGAGGAUCUUCAGAGUGGAGCCCCUGCAACAGUCGAGGAGUUCUGGGACAGAAAUAAAACACCUCGGCCCAAAAUGGUUAUUUUAUAAACAGUUAUUGUGAAAGUGGAACUUUCUGUCUUUAUGCCACAAAAAGCCAGACACCAUCAUCGAGGCAAAUUGUUUUCAGGUUCAGUUGUUUUGAUGCAAUGAGCAUCUCAUGCACAGAAGUUAAUCUUCACUACUCGCUCCUGGAAUAUCGAUCGUUCUCUGCACAAAGCUUAGCUUCACGAGAACGUCCCUCAGUAGACCUCAUGCUUCCUCCAGCAUCACUUACACACUCAUAGGAAUCAGGUCACUGAAUAUUUCUGAUCAUUUUCAUCAAUAUCCAUGAAUUAUUUCUUGAGAAAUCAACUGUUUCCUGGACUGAGUUCUGUCCAAAAGAAAAGUUAACGAGUUCUUCCUUGUUUUGCUUUAACUUUGGAUUAUUGGUAAAGAGCAGAUGCUUCAUCCAUCUUUAUUUACUGUCUGUAGUUUGGAGCUGCAAAUAUAUUAAACAGUUAAGAAAGACACUUUAAAACCAACACGUGUAGAAGUGGAACUUUUACUGACUGUGUUCAGGAGCUUAGACUUUGUCAGAAGUUUUAAAUGUGGGUAAAACCGCAAAGAAAGCAGAUUGAUUUCUUUCCCGUCGCCAGUUGAAGAGUUUCAGUUUUUCUCCUGUGCGUCAGGUUCCACGUCACCAGCAGCUGAGGCGCCGUCCCCUCGCUGUCUUUCCAGAUUAGCUCGUCCACCCGGUGUCACGUUUCCAUCGCUGCUGAUAAAGACCUGUGUCUCCUGCAGAGUCAUUUGACCCUGAUGACGAGGAUGUUUGAAGAAAGGGGCUUGAGAUGCUCGUUGCUGCAAAACGACUUGAAUAAGAAGCAGCCGCUUGAUACUAAACCAAACGUGUUCCCUCGGUUGUUCCUCUCUGCCCGUCUCGCUUUGCCCAAACCUGUUCACACUUCCUGUCCUUGAAUAAUCUGAGGAGUCGCUGCCAUAAAUCCUAAACGCAGUUUAUUUAUUGAGAGUCAGACAGAAGGGACAGUGUGUGUGUCCUCGGUUCCCUUGAGGGUUGUUCUUCUAAUUCUCAGGAGCAGUGCAGCAGAGCAGCACCACAGGGAGUCCAGCCUGGCAGCAGUUGAAUGAUGUCACUUCAUGUUGUCUGUGGACGGCUGAGUGAGAAAUAUCAGCUGAUGUGAGUGACAGGUGUCACACACCGAAUGUUCUACCUGUGUGUGAGUGUGUGCGUGUGCAUGUGCAUGUGAGAAUGUGUUUAAAGGAAAACAUUUGAAUGUUUUGCCAAGAACACAUCCUCUGUUUUCCUUUGUGUCACCAAACUGCACUUUUUAAAAUCCUUUCUCUUGUUUAUUGUCGAACAUAAUCUCGAGAGAAAUCAGCUCCUCUUCAGUUUUCAGUGAGAAAGUUUCUCUCCUCUGCAUCAUCAGGGAAACUUUGCAGCUUGUUCUCGAUUUGGUGGAUUUGCUGAGUGAAAUCUGUUUUGGUUCGAGUCCGUCAGCUGCUCGUCACACGGAGCCUCCUCACGUGUUUGAACAGCUUAGUGUUUGCUGAUGAAGACCAUGAGGUGCAGGUGCUUCUCACAGACGUUCGGAGGUUCCAUGACAAACCUUCUGUUUACUGAACAUGAAGCGCGGCCCCGAGCUGCUGAAAACAAACCUCGGUCACGGCCUGCUACUCCAUUGUUUUAAUUUCAAUCUAUAAAAUCAAAUUUUCUAGAUCCAAGAUCCAAGAUGUCGAAAUAUUUUACAGAGAUAUAAAAUGUAAAUCAAAAAAACUUUUCUCAGCAAUAGAGCCGGAGUCGUUUCAAGAAUCUGGACAAUAUGACAUUUUCAAAAUAGAGCUCAAGAAACUAGAUGAUUUACUUAAAGCUGUUUUUUAUUGAGUUUAAAUCCAGGAGUCAGAUUGUGGCUCAGAAACAAACCGUGACCUCUCACAGGAACGUGUCGUUGAGACAGUUUCACUCGUUAUCACUCAUCUGGAACCCGGAGCCGACUGAGGCUGAGUGAACCGUGAACGCUGGUCAGAAAAUCGACAUCUUUAAACAUCCUUUGCCAAGAUCUUGUGUCAAAUGUCCACUUCUUCUUUAAUGAUGGAUUUUAAGUGAAAACGAGUUCCCUGUCCUCGUCACUUUGUUCAGUCACAUGGAUUUUAAUGGACUCGUGCAGCGAGCUGUCGUAUGAAUGAUGAUGUAAUGUUUGCAGAACUUGCACUAAAUGUUGGGACGACGGAUGUUUCAAAAAUUGAAUACAGAAAAUUAUAUCUG